AAGCUUUUAUAUCGAUUUCUUUAAAAGAAGGUAGUAAAUGUUUUUCAAAUAUUUUAUACUAAAGUUUACUAAUUGCAUCACUAGUUACGAUUUACCAAUUUUUGUAUCGGUCAACCCUGCAACAGAUGCCACCUGCCAUCCCUUUAAAUAUGCAGUCAACCCAGGAGUAGUAUAAACGCAGGCAAAGCUGCUGACGCAAACGUAAACAAAGCAAGCAAAUCCGUGAAUGGGAUCGAGUGUGCCCGCACAGCAGAAAAAAAACGUCGUCCACCACUGUGCUGGCAAAACCGUUGAAGUUGACGAGGAAAAAACACAGCAACCGUAACCGCUGUGUGAGCCUAUUUGUUCUUGUCGUAGCAUCUUCCGUUGUACGGUUGUGUGAACGUUCGUAACGUUUUGUUCCUAAAGAUCUGGUGUGCUUGUUAAAACCCCGUGGUACAGUGGAUGCACCGUGGAAUCGGUAUCGGCGAUGGAGAUAGUCGGAGAUGGAAAAAAAUCCCACCCGGAGGGUGAUGGUUUGCUACUAUCAGACGUUCCGGCUAAAGCGGUCGCGCAGGAGAUUAAGCCCACAGGAUCGGUGGUGGACAUUGGGAAGGCUUCCGUUGAGCAGUAUGACGAUACGUCCCUGAAUGCCCGGUUGCUGGACAAGCUUAACGAGCAGUUCGAAAAGCAGAUCCAGCUGGUUGAGACCGAUCGCUUGGACGAUGGCUUCAAGCUUGGUGUGUAUGCCGAAUGGGUAAACAGUUUGCGUACGCUCAACACCGAGCUGGUUCAGUCGUUGCGCGAAAUGCAGGACACCUGCAUGGAACGAAUGCAGCUGAUGCGUGCGGCUUAUCUCAAGGAUUUGGCUCGCUUCGGACCGGACGUACGUCUCAAGCGGUUAGCAAACAUACCGGACACAAAUUCACCCUCUUCCGGUGAGCAAUUUAUAUCGCUUGAGCUUAGCUCCAACUAUCCCAUCGUACCGGCUACGGAUGAGAUGCUGCUUCGGGAGUUGGACGCAAAAACUUGCAUAAUUGAUAAGCAACGAAAUGAAUUGGGUGACCUGCGGAAACAGCUAACUGAUACUGGAUCAAUACUGGAACAGUUGCGCAACAUGACUCAGGAACGGGACAAACAGCUGGAGAAUAAAUGUCAAGAAAUCGGCAUUCUGCAGCAGCAAACAGUCUCACUGAGCAAGCAACUGGAGAAGGUGAAAAUGUCGACAACGGCCUCGAUCGAUAACCGGAGCUUAAUUUCGGAGAUUACCGAUCACCACGAUAAGAUUACGCAGCUGCGAAAGAAGCUGAAGGAGCAGGAAGACAAACUGCGGCAGGCCAACACCGCCAUCCAGUUCCGGGAUGAGGUGAUCGCGCAACAACGACAGGAAAUUAAAUUGUUAAACGAGCAAACGCCAAUUGGUCCACUCCAUGCUGUAGACUCCGGAGACGAUUCGCACAUUAUUGAACAUACAGCGCAAAGCUUCGUAUCCGAUAGCACACGAAUUAUAUUCGAUCAGCUUGGUACGAUACAGCAGGACAGUCAAACGGAAUCCACAUACGUUCAGCUGCUAAAACGUGAACUGGCCGAGCUGCGGGAACAACUGCAGGAGAAAUUGCAUCGGAAAGACUCAACACUGGGAGAAGCGGAAAAGGCGUUGCUGCGGUUAAGGGGUGCCUGUGAGGAACUGCUUCAGAGCACGAGCAAGCUUUCGGGUUGUGGUGACGGUUGGCGGCAGGAUUGUGACGAAAGCGGUACGGCAGGAUGUUUGCUUCGCUUCGAAGACGACGAUGAUCUAAUCGAGGCGAUGCGCGAUCGCUGUGAGGCGUUAUGCCGUCUGCUAACAACAUCCCACAAGGCAAGCUGUACGAUCGAGCAGGAUGAAGGCAUCGGGAGUGCUAGCGCAUCCCGACUAGAACAUUCUGACCCGGUUGGCCAACGAGAGCAUCAGCAGCAGGUGAUGGUGUGCAUUGAGCAGCAAUUGAAACGAUUGUUAGGAGGAAAGGAGCACAGCAACAACAGUGCCAGCGAGUCGCUCAGCUCGCUUUCGCUCGGCCUGGACGAAGGUUGCACCCUGCAAGGACUGAUCGAUGAUCUGAAAAAGGAGAUCGAAUCGAAGGAUCUUGUGUUACGCGAUCGGCACAACGAAAUGGAGCGCUUGCAACAGGAGCUAACCCAUCGUGACCGGCAGUUGAAUCAGUGCCGGGUGCGGCAAGAACUGUUUGACGGUGAAAAAACAUCAUUACUUCAAAAGAUUGCCGACCUGGAAGAAAACGUUGACGAUCAUAGCCGUACGAUCGCGAUGCUAAACACGGAAAAAGUGAAACUCUUGCGUCAAGUGGAAGAUCUCAAGGAAACGCUGCAACAGUACCGGGAUAAUUUGCAGCAGACGAGUGAGGAAAAGGUCGCGAUCGAGGACGAGUGCAAAAAUCUGCUCGUCACCAUCUCUAACCUGCGCGUUGCUCUCGAGGAAACGAAGCGCAAUGGCAGCUCAUCCGUUAGCGUGCUUCAUGAGCUGGUGGAAAACUUGCAGCUAGAGGUGAUCCUUUUAAGUGAGCAGUUGAACGAUGCCUUCAAGGAGGUCUGUAAUAAGAUGUUGAACAGAAUUGACGCUGUUUCUUCUAACCUUUUUUUUGUUGGUGUAAUGAAUACUUAUAUCCAGAACAUAUCAAAGGACAACGAGUUGGACCAAUACCGUGACUCCAAUCUGCAGCUACGAUGUCAGCUGGCUGAGCUGAGCCGGGAGUUUGGCAAUCUGAAGGACAUCUCCGAUGCGGUAGACAUCCGGCAAGAGCUCAAUGAGCAAAAGCAACGUUUGUUUGCGCUGCUGAAAGAUGACGUGAAGUUGCUGCAGGAUCAAAUGAACGGUGUCCGUGGGGAAAUUGUAUCGCGCCAGCAAGAUUUGGGCCAUUUAAGCUACUUCCGGGAAAAGUGUGCCGAGAUGGAGCGUCUGCACGAGUUGGAGAUUAGUCAGCAGCGAAGCAAACAUUCCAAUGAGCUGAAGCAAUUGCGGCGAGAGAUUGAAUCGUUAAGCAAUCAACUGGCUGGUUCUGCUGAUACGACCAAACAACAUGAACAAAUGGUGGAAUCGUUGGCCACUUUGCAGACCACAAUACUGAAGCUGGACGAACAUAAUCGACUUUUGCAGAAGACUAUCCAGUCCUACCAGGAUAAUAGUGUACAGCUCGAGCAACAGUUGGGCGGUACGCAACAUCAACUGGGCACGGUCCGACAGGAGUUGGAGGAGCUCCGGGCACGUAGCGAUGAGCAGGAGAGCAAAAUCGAAAGUUUAAAAACCGACAAAGAACGUAUUUCCGGUGAAUUACUGAUGCAGCGACGAAUGUGCAAGUGUGGCUUCAACACCAACAGUGCGAGCGGAUCGCGUGAACGAGCCAAGGUACCACUAUCCCAUUCGCUGCAGAAACAGCUGGCACAAAAGACACUCGAAGCAACGCGUAUCCAAGAGGAACUGACCCAACGCACCGAGGAGUGGAAACGACGUGAAACAGAGUACGUUAACCAUCGGAUCCGAGCGUCCGAGCAAGCGACUGAACUGAUCGAACAGCUCAGUGAGCUGAAGGGCCGAUUUGGAAAUGUGGAACAGGUGGCCCACAUGAAGGAUGAGCUGAUCGAUCGUUUGCAGCAAAGUUUGCGUGACAUCAACCGGAAGUUAACGAUCAGACAGGAUCAGUUUACCGAGCUGGAAGCGAAGAACGUGAACCUGUCGGAUGCACUGGAACGAGCCAGGCAGGAAGCUUUGUUGUGCGAGAAACGGUGCGCCGAAGAGCUGAGCAAUGCACGACGGUGCUCAAUGGAUCAAAAGAACCAGCUCCAACAAUAUGAACGUCAGAUUAAUCGUUUGCGCGUGGAAGUGGACGCAUUGCGGGAGAAGUGUGACCAAAUUUCAAGUGAGCGUGAUGUGUUGCGUGAUGAAUGUCAGGACCUGCGAGAGCGGUUGGCAAAAUACGAAGGAAAAGAAAGCGCCCUGUGUGAAGUUGUUAAAUCCAAUCAGGACGAACUGGCUAUCAAAGCAUCACGAGUGUUGGAACUAGAAGAAACGAAUCGAAAGUUGUCCCAAAACUAUGAACAAUUGAAAGACUUCCAUGAGGAUCUUAGCAAACAAUAUCGCCUUACUCAGCACGAGCUGGAGCAGCUCCGAGAGUGUUCGAAGAAAUUGUUAGACUUUAAACAGCAAACGCUUUCAACGAAGGAACUGACGCGCAAGAGCGUUACCGAAUGGAAGGAGCGGGAAGCUCAGUACUGUCAGGAGAUCGGUCGAUUGAAGAAGCGAACCGAACUGCUGGAACAGGAUCGAUCGAAGCUGAUCGGCAAACUGAAUGCGUACCAUCGGGACAAUACGAUUCUCGCACGAUGUAUGCAACAAUCGCAACCGCCACAGCAACAGCAACCUCCGUCCCGGCAGCACUCGCCCUACGACGACAAUCGGAGAAGUUAUAAUCUGACGCCCCUUCAUCAAACGUUUUACCCACCGGAUGCGUUCAAAUUGGUUCGUUCAACCAGCGAUCCCAACUGCAACGAGUCGGAUGAAUUGCUACAGAAAGUUGAACUCACAUGCAGCCAAUUGCAACAGAUUAGAAGAUUCUGGCACCAAGGCCUGAAGGAGGUGUUCCCAACCGAUCCUUAGCAGUAAAGAGAGGGUAGUGCGAUUGUGCCCUCGGAAAGCAUGACUUCGUUACACGCACAACACACGUGGGGUUAGCACGGGUACGAAAUCUUACACCAUUUGUUGUUUCAAAAGCAACUGGUAACAUUAAGGUAAGCUAGGGUAGUUCAAUGUUGACUUCCUUUGAAAUCCUUUGUAUGUUGUUCUUGUACGGAUUUUAUAACAAAAAAGAAUAUAUAAGUCGAAAAAAAUGCGGUACUUAUAAAUGCUUUCUUU